GACCGCCUGCACGUAGCGAGAAGGGCUCCCCGUCGCACACCCCUACUCGCCCUGCCGGCAGCGCCAGCUUCCCCCGGGAGGCUUCGCGCAGGUGGCGGCUUCCGGGAGAGCCCCCGGCCCGCCUCUUUGCUCAAGGUCCUGCCGCGGGGGAGGCGCGGGGCGGUUUCCCCCGGGGGCUCCUGGGGUGGAGAGUCGGGGGGGGGCGCCCCGGGGGCUCCCGCUGCUCCGAGAAGAUGUCCGAUCCACAGGAGCAGCAGCGGCAGUUUGGAAUCAUGUCCGAAAUCCCUGGUGAGGUCAGGGGCCUAGCCAGAACUAGGUGCCCAUUGUGCACAGAGCUCUUCUUGGCCCCCAAAAUCCUGCCCUGCCUACACACGUUUUGCAUGGCCUGUCUUGAGCAGCUGGAACCCUUUUCAGUGCUCGGCUUCCAGGCGGAGGAUUCUGACUCUACCUCAGAUGGGUCAUGGCUCCAAGAUCAUAAUCAACCACCACUCAGCGUCCUUUGUCCUGUCUGUGACACAGAGGUGGAUUUGCCACCAGGCGGCAUUAAUGAUUUGACCACUGACCACCUGGCCAUGAAUGAGGUGCUACUGGAGGCCCUGCAGGUGCAAGGCGCAGGAAUGCUGUGUGACCUCUGUGUGGAUGGGGAAGCUGUGAAGCACUGUCUCACCUGCAAAGCCAAUCUCUGCCACUUCUGCUGCCAGGCUCACAGGAGACAGAAGAAAACAGCUUCCCAUGCUGUGGUGGAUCUAGAGGAUCUGAAGGGCUACAGCCGGACUGAGAAGCCAAUUCUGUGCCCUUCCCACCCUUCAGAGGACCUGACUCUGUUCUGUGAGCAGUGUGAGCAGCCUGUGUGCCGGGAUUGUGUGGUGGGCAAGCACCGGCAGCAUCCAUAUGCCUUUACUGCCAAUGUCAUCCGCAAGCAUGGAGAUUCCAUGCGGGACCUCCUCAAGAGCACCCAGCUGCACGUGGACACCCUAGAAGGGGCCCUACGUCAUAUUGAAGGAGUCAGCAGUGCCAUCUGCAGUCGUGUGGAGGCAGUGGCUGGGGAGAUCCGCAUAUUUGCAGACGGAUACAUAAGGGCUAUUGAAGAACACCGGGACCAGCUGCUGAAGCAGCUGGAAGACUUGAAGGUGCAGAAGGAGACCCUGUUGCACUUACAGAAGGCACAGCUGGAGCAACUGCUGAUGGACAUGAGGACUGGGGUGGAGUUCACUGAGCGCCUGCUGACCAGUGGCUCAGACUUGGAGAUCCUUAUCACCAAGGGGGUGGUGGCAAGCCGGCUGAGAAAGCUGAACAAAGUGGAUUAUAGCAUCCACCCUGGAGUGGAAGAUGGGAUUCAGUUCUCUCCCCAUGAAAAGGCUGGCCAGUGCUGUGGCUAUGAGGUUUUUGGGACCAUUCUCUAUAAGGCAGUUGAUCCAGCCAUGUGUGUCCUGCAAGGGGAAGAUCUCCACAGUGCCCGUCAAAAUCAGCUGGCCAGCUUUACUCUGCUGUGUAAUAACACAUCGGGAGAGCAGAUGGGGAGAGGAGGAGAGCCCAUCCGGGUCACUAUCAUCCACAAAGACAAGAAGGACUGUAUAAUCAAGCCCAACGUGUGUGAUAAGAGGGAUGGGACUUACCACAUUUCCUACACCCCUGAGGAGCUGGGCACAUAUACUGUCUGCAUCUGUGUCAAAGGGCAGCAUGUACAGGGAUCACCAUUCACUCUGACUGUGAAGAACAAAUUCCGCAAACACCAGGGUGUGUUUCAUUGCUGCACGUUCUGCUCCAGCGGAGGCCAGAAAGCCGCUCGUUGCGCUUGCAGUGGGACCAUGCCAGGUGGGUACCAAGGCUGUGGUCAUGGUCACAAAGGUCACCCCGGCUGUCCCCACUGGUCCUGCUGUGGCAGAGCAAUUGAAAACUCUGAAUGCUCAGCUGUGCCGCCUGGUGAGAACUUGCAGAGAAGCUUGCUCAAAACGGUGGCUCUCUGACUGGCGGGUAGAGUCUCCUAGAGCUGGGGGGUCUCCACUGGCUGGGACUCAGGCCUAAACCAACAGAAGUGCAGGAACUGUCACAUGGCCCUCAUUGCCAGGGAGCACCUUACCGAGAUACAGAGCUGCUGUGUGGGCUGGGAAGGGAGACAUGUUAAAAUAAAAAUGUGCCUUAUAUUCCAUCCUGGGGC